AUAUGGCAGAAUAUGCGGGAAGAACUGAUUUGACCAGGAAUCGGAAUGAUUACCGGAAAGAAGCCUCCACGCGGCACACGCUUAGUGGCUACCACAUUGCUUUUGGAAAAAGUAGUAAAAUACCAUAUGCAUACAAUGCGCUAAUGACGCUAACAUAAGCUUCGUCUUCAUCCUUGGACUACCCAUUACUACGUAUUCACUCUACAGAGCAUUUUAUUACCCCGUUGUCGCCACCACUACAUCUCAUUCUCUCCUUACAAAUAAUCCCAUAAAUCAUCCCCCCUGGUCAGUCUAACCUCCAUCUCAUUAAUUUACGGGAGUUCGAAUCAUAAGUACAGAAUUUGCAGCGUUAAUCGAUCAUAGUUUCUUGAUUGAACGAAACUUACAUUCAUUACGUGGAGAUUUUCAAUGAUCUGUUUUUUCUGAAAUCUAACAAGACGCCAAUUCAUUCACCGGCCAGCAAUAGCAUCCAUGGAGAAGGGGAGCGGCCAUGUGUUCCAACAGUCAUCUAUAUGUGUAUUUGGAUUACUUUGUGCUCUCUUUUGGUUUUGCUUAUUAUACUCCCCUUUCGGUGUUUUCCAAGGUAGAACUUUCUGGAGCAGCAGUCUUCAAAUCAGUCCCACCUCAAACCAAUCUAGGAUUCAAGAAUCUAUACCUAUUCCUGUUGUUAGUCACGAACCCGAGAAUGUCGAAUCCGAAUCGGCUGUUUCUCCAUCCAAAACCCCAAAGGUUUUCCCUUUUAUGAAAGCAUUAAGAACCAUAGACAAUAAGAGUGACCCCUGUGGUGGAAGGUACGUUUAUGUUCAUGAUCUUCCUUCCAGAUUCAAUGAAGAUAUGGUGAAGGAAUGUGGUGGCAUUAACAGAUUCUUCGAUAUGUGUAAGUUCAUUAAUAAUUCUGGGCUUGGACCGCCAUUAGAGAAUACGGAAGGUGUGUUUUCCGUUAAUGGAUGGUACGCCACCAAUCAGUUCACCCUCGACGUCAUCUUCAGAAACCGAAUGAAACAAUACGAAUGCCUGACCAACGAUUCGUCAAUGGCAGCCGCCAUUUUCGUUCCAUUUUACGCAGGGUUUGAUGCUUCGAGAUAUCUUUGGGGGUAUAACACAUCCGUAAGGGAUGCUGCGUCGCUUGAUCUUGUUGAUUGGUUGCAGAAUAGAGAUGAAUGGAAAGUGAUGAACGGAAAAGAUCAUUUUCUCGUCGGAGGAAGAAUCACUUGGGAUUUCAGGAGAUUAAGCAACAAAGACACCGAUUGGGGAAACAAUUUCUUAUUCUUACCAGCUUCCAAGAACAUGUCAGUUCUUCUCAUAGAAUCAAGUCCAUUUAAUUCAAACGAUUUCGCCAUUCCAUACCCUACUUACUUCCAUCCAUCAAAAGAUUCCGAUGUUUUCACUUGGCAAAACCGGAUGAUGAAACUUGACCGGAAAUGGCUGUUCUGUUUCGCCGGAGCUCCACGUCCAGGUAACCCGAAAUCAAUUCGAAGUCUUUUAAUCGAUCAAUGCAAGAAUUCAAACUCCGGGAAGCUUUUAGAAUGUGGAAAUGAUGAAAGCAAGUGUCAUUCCCCAAGUAAUAUAAUGAAAAUGUUUCAACGUUCGGUUUUCUGCUUACAACCACCUGGCGAUUCAUAUACACGAAGAUCAGCUUUCGAUUCGAUUUUGGCAGGUUGUAUCCCGGUUUUCUUUCAUCCCGCUUCGUUUUACACGCAGUACACGUGGCAUCUCCCGAAGAAGUACACAAAGUAUUCCAUUUUUAUCCCGGAAGACGAUAUUCGCCGGAAUAUCAGCAUCGAACAGCGGUUAGGUCAAAUCGAUUCCGAAACUGUAAAGAUGAUGAGGAAGGAGGUGGUGGAUUUGAUUCCGAGGUUGAUAUAUGCAGAUCCUCGUUCCAGAUUGGAGAGUUUAAAAGAUGCAUUUGAUGUAUCUGUGGAAGCGGUUAUCAACAAGGUGACGAAAUUGAGAAAGGAUUUGGUUGCUGGGCGGAGGAAUAAUGGUGGUUUUAUUGAAGAACUUAGUUGGAAAUAUGCCUUGCUAGAAGAAGAAGAAGAAGAAGAAGAAGUUGAGGAGAGUGCGGGUGUUCAUGAAUGGGAUCCCUUUUUCUCUAAACCAAAACAGCAAACAUGAUCUGAAUUAGGUUUACACUUGCUUCUCUUAGAAUUUAUAUGAUCCUUGAUUAGUAGUUGAUUUUUUUAAAUGAAUUUAAAUAUGCCAUCAAUUCAUUAUAAUUAUUAGGGAAAUUGAGUAAUGAUGCAGGGUAACCCAGAACUUGAUAAAACAAUCACAGACAUGUUGAUUCACACACAAAUACCAACUCUAACUCUUCCAAACCUGUUGAUUCACAAUGACGACAUGAAUACCGGAUUAAGGCAACAAUACAAAAUCUUGACGGGAAUUAGGUAUUGGAACAAACAUGGAACAAUUUUUUUUCUCCAAAAACCUAUCCUUCUGUCAAAAUAAUGAGUUUUAAACAGGAACAAAAAGCCCAAAGACAAACACAAAACCCAAGUCAAAAU